AACCAAACCACCAGGCAGCAGCGUAAAAAACACCUUGCGCACAAACCUAAACUCGCAGUGGCGUAAAAACCUAUUACAUUAAUUAUUCAUCAUUGAUCUACAGUUUAUUUAUAUCAAUAGUUUCAUUGUGUUCAAUAAUCUGUGAUACUUCGUAGUGAGCCCUGAAGACUAACCAAAAUGCCUGAUACCUUCACGUGUAUUACUUGCCAGGUGCUUUUCAAAACUCCCGAACUUCAACGGGAGCAUUAUAAAUUGGACUGGCACAGGUAUAACCUAAAGAGGAAAGUAGCUUCAAUACCUCCUGUAUCACUGGAGGAGUUUGAACAGAGAGCUAGAGAGCACAAGAAGCAGGCUGAAAAUGAUAGCCAGGGUGAAUCAGAGUUUUGCAAGUGUUGCUCAAAAGUGUUCAACACUAAGAAUGCGUACAAUAACCACCUCAAUAGUAAGAAGCACAAGCUAGCUCAAGAACAGUAUGUGGAAGAGGAGCUCAGUGCUCAUUCAGACACUGACAGUUUCGUUAAAGUUGAGACCAGCCAACCAGGGACUGCGCCUGGCAAGUUUGUAGUUGUUAAUCCAAAUGACUCUGGCGAUGACGACAUAGAGACAGAUUCUGAAAUUGAAGAGCUUGAUUCCGAUGAGUGGGAGGAAUGCCGGAUUAAGGGAAGUGACUCUCUCAUCAAACCCCGAGAUUGCCUGUUCUGCACACACCAUAGCAAGAACAUGGUGAAGAAUCUCAAACACAUGUCUGAGGCCCACUCAUUCUUCAUACCUGACCUGGAGUACUGCAUUGAUGUCAAAGGCUUGUUGCUUUAUUUGGGAGAAAAGAUAUCACAAGGCUUCAUGUGCUUGUGGUGCAAUGACACAGGCCGAACAUUCUACUCCAUGGAGGCUGCUCGGGGCCAUAUGGUAGAUAAGGGCCAUUGCAAAAUGCUGCAUGAAGGGCUUGCAUUGGCAGAGUAUGCUGAUUACUACGACUACAGUGCCUCGUACCCGGACCAUAAAGAUGACGAUGAGAACAUGGACAUAGAUGAAGAAGUGGAGUCUCCGACAGCGCUGGAAGGCGAUGACUUCCAGCUGGUGCUACCCUCAGGAGUUACAGUUGGUCAUCGGUCCCUUAUGAAAUACUAUAAACAACACAUAACAAACAACGGUCAAGCAUUAGUGAAGAAAUCAGAUCGCAAAUUACAUAGACUUUUAGGAAUGUACAAAGCAAUUGGAUGGGCGCCUAAGGACCAAGCACAGGCAGCCAAGAAAGCACGUGACAUCCACUUCAUGAAGCGAGUGCAGGCCAAGUGGCAGAUGAAGCUAUCGCUCAACGCAAACAAGUUCCAGAAACAUUACCGGCCUCAAGUCAACUUCUAGGCACAUUCUGUUAGUAAACUUUAUUGUUGUAUACCACGUUCAAAUAGUUUGAAAAACUGCAGAGCUGAUAAAUUUUGUUUAACAAAAAUAGACGUAAUUUUAAAAACCAUUGCAAUAAAUUAUAAAUCAUUUGACACCUAGUUGACAAUUUCCUGGUUUACUUUUGAAAAUACAUAAUAGAUUAGUUCUUCAUAGUACAGUUAUACAAAAUUCUUUAGGUACGUAAUAAUAAGUCGCCAUUUUGAUCUCUAGAGAAAGAAAGAAGUCCAAACUUGAUGUUGUAUGUGCGUGUGUGUGAAAUCGUUGUGCAGUAGAUGAAAUCUAAUUGUAAAAUAUAACUGAAUGUAAAAAGAUUGUUCAAGUAGGAUAGAUAUUUAAUUUUACUAGAAAUAACCGUCAAAUAGAUACUAGAAAUGUCAAAAAUACUGUUUUAGAUUAUAUCUGUAAUUAAAAUUAGGUACUAAAAGAUACAUUCUUGUGUCCUUUAUAUUGUUGACAUAAACAUUUUACUAUUUGAGUCAGCUAAAGUUGUACCUCAUUUUAUUAAGUAAGUUGAAUCAUCAAGUCGAUGAAUGAAAAAUUCAAGUUUGGACAAAUGCCUAGUUUUCAAAAUGACUUGCGAACAAAACAAUAAAAUCCGGUAAGAUAUACCAAUAACGUUUAUUGAAAUAACGUUAAACUCAGACUCGACAUGAGAAAAACCAGCGAAAAAUUAUUCACCCUCUGUAAUACAUUUUGAAAGAAAUGCUCACGUUUUCUUUAACACAUUAAAAUACGCG